AUGGCCGUCCCUCAGAGGACACUUAACUGGCUUCACAGUGUCCUGUUCAAGGUUGGUCUCUCCAGCCAACUAUUCUUCCCAAUACUAAUCCAUCAGAAUCCCUACAAUCCGCAACAAAGCGAUCACGACCGACACAGGACCUACCACGAUGUCACAUUGGCACUCUCACAGUGCCCGUCACUCUCCCCUCGAACAGAUGUCUACACCUAUGAAACAGGGUACUCGGCCCUCCUCCUUCAUCUUGUGGGCACCUUGCCUGUCACCUUCCGGGGGACAACGUACAGAUUUCCCAUUGCGCUUUGGAUCCCAAAUGCAUACCCACGCGAGCCCCCAAUUGUCUACGUGACUCCAACGCCGGAAAUGACAGUUCGCGUUGGGCAGCAUGUAACGUUGGAGGGACAGGUGUACCAUCACUAUCUGGCCCACUGGGCCGAAGCAUGGGAAAGAUCUACCAUUGCCACCCUUCUCUCUAUUCUCCAAGAUGUAUUUGCCAAGGAACCACCUGUUCGAUACAGACAACAAAUGCCACAGCCUCAACCGGGAGCAGCAGCAACCCCUCCGCCAUUGCCUCCCCUUCCACCUGGCGUCGGUCUUUCUACACAACAAGCUCAUAGACCACCGCCUACCAGCCAAAGUGAAGUGCCACCUCCGCCCCCACCGAAGCCAGGCGUGGCUGGCGAGCAUCAACAGCAACAACAACAGCCACCACACCAGCCUGCUCAAUAUCGUUCACCCCCGCCGCUGCCUCCGCUGCCACCAAAAGAGCAAGACUUGCGUCGAACAUCCUUAUCUACACAAGCGACGACACCGGGACUCCGCUCAUACGAAAAGUAUACGCCUACAGGCCACAAUGGGGCACUGAUAAGCAGCCCUCGUCCCUUAACCCAGCCACUACCUCACCAAUCGGCCCAAGGUCGAGCGCCGUAUUAUGGCGGGACGGUUCCUUAUCAAACUGUAUCCAACGUGUCAAACCAGUUCCCUCCGCAAGCUGGUUCGACGGGGGCCCGGCAACCGCCUCAUCAAUCACACCACCCACAACCUUCGGGGCCGCCGUAUCCUCAGAAUUCCCCGUAUCCACCUAACUAUCCCCGCCCACCUCCCAUGGAUCAUGUGAAAGCCGAUACCCCCGAUCUGCUAACCUCGCCAUUUGAUGUGGAGCUGCCAACAAUCGCGCCCACGGGACCAGCGCCUCCAAUCCCUCCAAAUCCCGAGAAAGAUGCACUGCUUCGUGCCGUGUCCCAGACCCUGGCAGAAACGCUCCGUGUCAAUGCCGCACAGUCCGACGCAGCGGCACAGUCCCUAGUCUCACAAUCACGGUCCCUGCACACUGCCAUGGCCACCCUGCAGGGCGAAAUGUCAGCGCUCAAUGCCUUGAAUGCGACUCUCCAGUCCAACACCACCGUUUUACAGCAAUCCAUACAUCGUGCCGACGCCGCCAUUGCCGACGCACAGGCUCGCGCUACAUCUGUACCCUCGACCAAUAUUGCUUCCACAUCUGCUGCUCCUGGAGAUGCCCCAGCUGGCCUGCCCCCAAUUGAUGAGGUCUUGGUCGCUCCUACUGUGGUGGGUAAACAGUUGUAUGAUUUGGUUGCCGAGGAGCGAGGCAUACAGCAAGCUCUUUAUGCAUUGCAGGCUGCUCUGGUACGAGGUGUCAUUGGUGUGGAUUCCUGGUCGCGGCAUACUCGCAGUCUCGCCCGUGAGGCUCUUCUCAAGCGGGCACUCAUUCGCAAGAUUGGACGUGGGAUGGGGUUGGAAGAGAGCGUGGCAUGA